AUGGAUAGAGCUCCUGAGGGUUAUCCGUGGGAGGAUGUCUCCAUUGUGGGCUUUAUUAAACGAUAUCUGGGAGACAAGAACUCACCCUUGUCAUUGGCAACGGCGAACCCUAUAAUUGUUCCCGAGUUGAAGCAGGCUCUUGUGGACUCUCAAAGAACAGAUGUUCUGACGGCACAGGCCUCUUUAAUAGCACCGGUCUUUCAGAACGCGGCGGAUUGUUUUCAGAGACUGCCGCAAGAAGUCCUAGAGCUCAUCCAGGUGCUUCUCCCCUCUCACAGCGUCGCCAAUGCCAGGCUGGCAUCGAGGUCCUUUGCGAGUCUACCUUUCAGUCAGACUUUCUGGGCCUCGAGAUUCGAUUGUCAUCAGGAGCGCGGGUUUUGCUUCGAAGCGACGGAUCCGUCAUACAGUAGCAUCGCUGAGCAGCGCAAUCGAGACUGGAGAAUUCUUUAUGAUAAAACAGGCCUACUGUUGAUAUCUUCGCUUGAGAUGAAGAAUAGGAAACGGAUCUGGGAUCUACUCGAAGACCUGGCAGAUCUUCUGGAAGAACACUUAAGUAACGAUAGCUUAGUCAGGACGCUGCAAGCCUUCCCAGUAAAGUCGUCUAAGGCAUGGAGACCCAUUGGAGGAGACUUCUCUGCGCAACCUGCGGACCGCUUCCCUUGCGGUGUAAAAUGCAGGGAGAUAUAUGAACAGACAGUCUCAAUCACAGCACAGAUCCGAGCUAUUAAAAUUUCCUUCCGGCGUUUCAGUGGACAACAGUACGUCUCAGGUAUACGGUUCAUUCUCGAGGACCAUCAGGAAGUCACUCUGGGCUACAUUGUGAGGACGAACGAGAAAAUGCUCGACAUAAGCGCCGGAUGCUACCGAAUAACCGGCUUCAUCACCGCCGUCAGUCCCCGAGGCAUCAUGGCCCUACGUGCUGUAACAGACAAAGGCGACGUCUCAUCCUGGGUGGGAUCAUGGAAAGAGAACCCCCAAACUCUCCGAUUAUGCAUGAAAGAGACCGUCCAUGAAAUAAAGGGUUGUUUCGAUGUGAGUGAUAUAUUAAACCUAAGCCUCUUCCACAAGCACACAGGGACGAACCUACCUAACAAAACCAACCUACCACAGGGCUUCAAAAUGGUCUCCCUAGCCGUUCCGUCGAAUCUCAACCCGCUCUUCCCCUCUGACUCCAGGGGCGAGCACCUCCCACUCCGUACAACGGGACUCUGGUACCCAGACAUUCCAGCACCUUCUCGCCACCUCCACGACGGUACGUUCACAGGCCGUCAAAUCCCCCUACAUGAAUACCGGCCUCUCGUGCACAUCAUGUUCGGCGGACUCAAGGGCCAUAUGCUGCAAUACCUCACCCGCAUCUCAGUAACAGUCUCGAAGACCGCAAUCGUCGGAAUCGAUUUCUUCUACAACGACGACGCACCCGUCAAAUGUCUCCAGGCUUGCCCGGCAACCGCCACGGGCGACUACACAACUAGGAUCCCCUUUCCCAUUGACGGCCCGGCUGGUGAGCGGUUGACGGGGAUCCAGGCCGAUACGGGUGUCUUCGCGAGUGCGCACGACUGCAGCGAUCCUUACAACUACGGCGCGAUCGCGUCUUUGAAGGUUAGGUGGCCCAGAUCGAAGACAGUGUUUAUCGUCGAUGGAGCAUACUAUUGA